ACACGCACAGAGUCUGCAAGUCUGGUCUUCUCAUUGAAGUUUAGUUACCAAUUGACAUCAACAUUUGCUCAGGAAAGCUGGUACAAGCCGAUCGAAACGUGAGCACAUAACACUGCUAUAAUGUACGUUGUUAAUUUAUAACUUUAAAAGAGAUACAGACGGCUUGAUUAUCGUUCGAAACUAUCGUACCGAGACGCGAGGCCUUGGUUGGGUUUGUUUUUGUGAGUCAAGGCCUAGGCUAGACUAGCUAGGUCUUGGUUCGCGGUCGUUAUGGCUUCAUCUUCCAAUUUUUUGGCUAGCUCUAAGCGGCGUUCACAGUCAUCGCCGGAGUUGAUCAUGAUGGCACGUGAUAACACUGAAAGUGAUGGAAGGAAACUCCAAUCCAGAGCGUCAGCCACCAGAUCAUUGGAUCUAAGUCCAGUGGACACUCAACAAAUUAAUGACAUUCAGAUGAUUAACGAAGAUCCACCAAUUCCAGUUGACGCUGUCACAUUAAUUGCAACAGACUCAGGUGCAUGUAGUGGUGGUAGUAUUGCAGGUGGUAGUAUUGCAGGUGGUAGAAAGCCUAGCCCUAGUAGUACAAAGUCUGAUAACUUUUCACAGGGACAGCCUUCUAGUAAAUGUAGUAAGACCCUUGAUUCGACAACAAGGCACAAUUUUAAUGGUGACAAUGAAAAUCAGAAAGGGCGCCAUACAUUACACAACGGUGCGUUUGCUCACCAUGAAGCAAACCUUAUAACGGUUGAGUAUGACAGCGAGGAUGAUACUUGCGAAGACUAUUCAAACAAACAUAAACAGCGAAGCCGUUUUGAUCAGUGGACCAACAAAUUCAGGACUCUAUUUCGAGGGAAAGAUAAAGAGGGUGUUUUAGAUGAUAAAGAGAAUCGUGUUCAAGAAGCAAGCGAUUCCGAUGAAGAUAAUAAUUGUACAUCUGAUUAUGACAAGUGUAGCGGCAGAAGUCGAUCACAAUCACUUUAUGGAUGCCUUAGAAAAUAUGUAUGGAAUAGAGACCAAGAAGAUGAAAGCGUAAGUACGCCCAGUGCUAAAAAGAAAUCUUUUGCUGGGACGCUUUUCCCCAGGAGGACACGAUCAAGAUCGCGAAAUAAAAAAACCAAACAAAAUCCAUGUCAACCACCAUCUGAACCCGGGAAGAAAGAUAAACAAUCUAGAACUACUGAUGGCAGUAAUGCAUUGUCAGGAAAUUCCAAUUUUAACGGUCAAGCUACACAAAGUGCCAAUGCUCCAAGUCAUAUCCUGACGCCUAUAGAACAAGCUGAGUUAUUGGACACUGGUUUACCUCUUCCAGCUGGCACCAGUGAAGUCCCUGGGGUUGAAGCUUCUCAAGUUGAAAGGUCUAAUACAAUUGUAACUCAGGAUUUAUAUGGUCAAUUUGGUUCUCACACUCAAAAUGGAUACAUUCCUAGAACAGUGCACACACAAAUAGACUAUAUUCAUUGCUUGGUGCCCGGGUUAAAGUCAAUACUGGACAAACCAUGCUAUUGGGGUAAAAUUGACCGAUAUCAAGCUGAUGCACUCUUAGAGAACAAACCAGAAGGAACAUACCUUCUACGUGAUAGCGCUCAAGAAGAGUUUUUAUUUUCAGUAAGUUUUCGUCGGUACGGUCGGUCUUUACACGCUAGACUAGAGCAAUGGUCACAUCGUUUUAGUUUUGAUGCUCAUGAUCCUGGUGUUUUUUCUUCGGACACGGUAACCGGCUUACUCGAACACUAUAAGGAUCCAAAUUGCUGCAUGUUUUUUGAACCAAUGCUCACGACCCCUUUACCGAUUAAGAAUCCUCAUUCGCUGAAAGCCCUUUGUCGCGGCGUUGUCUGCAGUAAUAUAACCUACGAUGGUAUACACUUUUUGAAUAUUCCGUCAACGUUUAAGGAAUAUUUACGAGAAUAUCAUUAUAAGCAAAGAGUCCGAGUUCGAAGAUUUGAAAUUGAUUAUCUACCGCAACCUAGUGGCCGAAGGCAGACUGUUACGAACACAUGUCUUUCAUAUUAAGCAUGUACAGUAAGUAUUCCAUCCAUUUU